GUGUUCGGCUUCGAUCCCGAUUCAAAAGAGGGAAAACAACGCAUGCGAGCCCUCAACGCCGAGGAAGACCUGCGCACUCUAGGGCCACAGAGUGCACCACUGCUGUCAUCUGGUGAAGUGCACGUGCAGUCACCUCCACACACCUCCUCGACGCUACAAAUAUCCAGAGGGGCAGAGCCACAGGACUACUUAGCUGCACACACACACACAAGGCCACAGGCACCGGCGAGUGGAACGGGUUCAGAUGGGGCUGGGUACAACAACUCACCUCAGGGCAGAGUACGUAGAGAGCGCCAGGAGAAGGUGUGGAUUGGUGAUAGCUACGACGCGGAAUUGGACAUUGACCUCGCCAACCUAGAGCCCAUGCCUGUGCUGAGCAAACAGGAGAUACGCAACCGACUGAAGGGCAACAGCACAGAGCAUGAUCAGCACGCAGACACGUCCGACUACGCGUCGUUAUCUGCGACCCAUCGCGACAUCGAGAGGAAAAGGCAGGAGCGAGACUUGAAGCCCACGUAUGUGACGGUGCAGUCCAAGGAGAGGGGUGUGGUGCCACCGGAGAGGGGCAGCAAGCGCAUGCGGAAGAUCAGAAAGUAUUUGGAUCCCGAGGAGGCCUUCUUCAAUCCAGACUUGGCCUACAAGAAGGCCAAGAAGAAGGCGGAUAAGGCGGCCACCCGAUGGAAGAACAGGGGUAUCUCCUGGGCGCAGAUCAAUGCCAAUCUUCCACCUGGAGUGGAACCAGGUCCUCGCAAGCCCAAGGGUUGGGAUAGGAAAGAACCUCCAAAGGCCAUGAAAUCCGAAUGGGAACCCACCAAACGCCUGUCACGGCCUGCGAUGGAGAAAGUGCGCAAGCUGCGCGAAGAGAACCGCUCCACGUGGACCACAGUGGCGCUGGCCGACCGCUUCAAAGUGUCACCUGAGGCCAUCCACCGCAUCCUGCGCAGCAAAUGGCAGCCCUCGGCCGAGCAGUACCAACGUCAGAUGACACGCACCUUUGCGGAUUAUGAACUGCACAGACAGACACGACACAGGAUAGCCGAGACUGACCAUGAGUGAUACGCACCUAUCUAGCACAUGACACACGCGCGAGCGGAGGAGGAGGAGUGCACGACGCUGUGUGUGCGAGGUGCAUGCACGUAGCCUAUGGAAGUGUGUUGGGCGGAUCGGACCACAGGCUAAGGACCCUGAGCCUGUCCCGCCUCACCACGUGUGUGGGUAGUGUGGCUGGCAUCUUCAAGUGUGUGGGUAGUGUGGCUGGUGUCUUCAAGUGUGUGGGUAGUGUGGCUGGUAUCUCCUAGUGCCUGGGUCGUGUACAGGCUGGUGUCGUAUAGCUAUACGGGUCGUCCCUCCGUGCGGUUCAAUUGUAGUGAUUGCGCAUCAAGCAAGUUGUGAGCGCAGGCGUGUGCUUCUGCCGAGGGUUUGCCCAGACGCUAGUUUAGGACUCGGCCCUAGCCUAGAGUCCUGGGGAGUAGGGCUGGGUGCAAAUGGGAGCGGUUUCCAUGGCAACGGCCUCAAACAGCUGCUGCGAUUGCAGUGGAUACUGCUUGCUGUGCAACGUCCUGAAGCACAAGCACUGCCGGCCCCAAUGGUUUACGACAGAGAUGUACAGUUGCUGUUGAUGCCAACACCUGUGGCAGUGGCGAGGGUGCACUACUGCUGCAGUAACUAGUAACACUAGCGUGUGACUAGUAACACUGGAGUAGCUUUUAAUCGGCCUAGAGCGAUUGCUGACUAUUGGGCUUGUUCUCCUAUUCGAUUCGUCGUCUGUCAAACGCUCUCCUUGUGAAUGGUGCGGAGUGGUUUACCCAGAAUACUGCGCAGUGGUCGUCGGCAAUGUUACGUUACAUUCGGAUACGCUGCGAAUGGCUAGGCCGUUUAGUUAAUUAAUAUGUUAAUUGUGAAUCGUGCAGUGCAGGUUUUCGUACCGUACGCAGCUCGUCACAGCCAAUGUGCAUGCCUGCUUUUAAUGAUAAGCCAAUGUGCAUGCCUGCUUUUAAUGAUAAGCCAAUGGGCAUGCCUGAUUUUAAUGAUAAGCCAAUGGGCAUGUCUGCUUUUAAUGAUAUGCCAAUGGGGGUCAUACCUGCUUUUAAUGAUAAUGACACAUUUGUGUAUGCCUCCGCUGUGCUCAUACACGCACAUAUAACGCAGCGAUCAUGAAAACAGAUAACACGAAGUACCCACAGUUGUUAUAAUUCACCCUGACAGCCAUUGAGUCUACACCGCAAGUGCCAUGCGUGUAUUUAAUAUGUGCUAUUUAAAGCCUUUACGUCCCAGUCACCGGUUUAUAUGCAUGUUGUAUUGAUAUGCGAGAUGGCUUCUGCGUAUAGUUUGCCUAUCAUGAAAAGAAACAAGGCAGUUGCAGCGCGUGCAUGUCAAUCAUAUUCCUUUGGGAUUCCGUUCUGACCGGGAUACUUCUUAUUCGAGAUUGCUCCAAUCAAGGCCUGAUAUAGUAUUCGCCUGGUCGUCGGGAUUAUAUCCAGAGUCAAUUGCGAGCACAUGGAGCAAACAAGUAUCCAAACAAUACCAUAUACUCCCCAGACGACUAGAGAUCUUUUUGGACCUUUUGGUAAGUAACACAAUACAGAGCAAAUAAAAUACUUCCCUAUCUUACUACUGGUGCUCCUUGAUUUAAUUUAUGAUGUACACCUCUUGUAAUACUAGGAACAUCGGUUUUCAUAUGAACCCGUUACAUAUUGCUUUUGACACAGACCUACAUAACCCAAAUCUCGUUAAACUCAAUAUGAUCAUGCUAUCAAUAAAAAUUAUAUCCGCACGUUUUAAGACUGCUGACGUGAAUAACUUCUUGUAUUUGUAAUACCAUUUGUAGAAGCACUAUCACUAAUUCUUAAAGACGUCGUCGAUUACAAUCGACUUUAACCGUGUGUACUUUUAUUGCGUGCAAUGUUAUAUGCGCUUGAAGGCGUGUCUUACUAAACACCGAAACAUGCCACUUCCAUCAGCUCUGUUUCUGAGCUUCUUGUAUAGCUGUCUCCCCCACCGUCUUGGGAUUCCUGGAGACUUGUUGCACAGACAGAAUGUGAGCUGCGUGACAGGCUGUGUCCAUGGAUAGCAUUAGAGGUCUCAAUAGGGGUCGGUAGCAUGCUCGGAAGUUGGCAACACGGAACGAUUGUGAUACAGACGGACCCGCAAGGUUCUUGAACUUGUGCAAACACGACCCGUUGUCAAAGCAGAGGACAUCGCCUGCCUGGAGAACGGUCUCGUAUACCGCCGGCAGGUUUUCUAACCACCGUGAACACUCGAAGUCUCUGGCUUCGGAUGUCACGUAAGAGUUGUCGAUACCUAUCGUCAUAUCUACUAAAUCCGUGUAUUCUUUUGGUACAAUAUCAAUCAGCUUCUCGCCUUGUUGCAGAUAGUAGAAGUUGCGCGUGGGCAGGAUAUCAAUGUGGGUUAAUCCUCGGUCAUACGAGCCCAUCAGAUCAAUCCGUACAAGGAAUAGACUGUCCCAAGGCAGGCUCGUGCUCAAAUACUUGUAUGCGAACCGAGCCGGUUUCCAGCAGGUAGCAUCCCACAUCUGCCGCACGUGCACCAGCAGUGUGUUAUCUUUCACUUCGUAGUUGCUCAGGUCAACCGGUGUGAAUACACUCUUAUCCAACCCGCGUAUGACAAAGGGUGUUGCCGAAUCCACAUGUUGGCGUAUUUCCUGCAUGUCCUCUGGGCCCAGAAUGCGCAUGGGAAUACGUACGGCUUUGGAUCCAGGCAACUUCAUAUCAUCUUCGGGCAAGUACAAUGUGCGCUUUUGGUCGCCCAUAACUGCCAUGGUGGCCCAUACAAACACUCCAUAGACGAACAUUACAAUUCGUACUCCUAAGGUUAUCAGCCAAAAUCGCAUACGCUCUAUUGCGGGCAUAUGCAUCAUCGCUUGCAAAUAAGCUAUCAUACUUUCAGUGUUGGAUACUGCCGGACUGGUGGCAUGUUCUACCUUAGUACUGGUGGCGGCAGUUGGCAUUAUGAUAUAUGAAAACUGAUUUCAGAACUAUUUACAAAUAUUGUUUUAAAAAAGGAUACCAACCCAAUUCGUAUUUUUUAUAAAAUAGGACACAGCCCCACAAUUGAAUCGAUGAACAAAGACUACUCAGUUUGAAACAUGGAAGGCGAAGAGAACUGUCAAUAGAAAACUGUAGUUGUGUAAUACUGCAACGAAACAGCUCUCGAGCUAGUAAUAUAUUCCUUUCAUCUCAGGUGCCUCUUGAUGAUUUAUUUCUUGAUCCGGGAAUUUUCACGUGCAACCGAAAAAAGCAAUUCCGGUCAGUCUUCAGACUUCAGUUAGAAAGCGAUAGUUCAUUUUAAGAGCAAUAUGUAAAUAAAUAUGUAUAUAAAGAGGCAUCCCACCAGAC